AUGUGAGGUUUUAUGCUGAUAAUUAUUUUUAGUAUAGGUUUGUUAACGUGAAGCAAGCACAUGCAGAAACUCCCGUGAAACACAGUCCUUCGACGCAGCACAGAUUUUUCGGCUGUACGUCUACCCUUCUGCCGAAUGCAGAAGAUAGAUGAAAAAGCUGUGUCCUGUUAAAGCAAUAACGCAUACCAAUGUUAGGCUUUGGCUCGUCUAGAUCAAUUCUCAAACAUACGCGACCGUGAUAUAUUUGACUUACUCAAAUCCGCAGAGCAAGUCUUCUUCUUUGUUUUUUUAGCCAUUGUCCCUUUUUUAAACAGCGAGGCAAAAUAUUGUUGUGUGUACAUCAAUUGAUUUCUUACGUGAUCCCGCCAAAAUUGGUAAACCAAUUGGUUAAAUAGUUGCAUGCCGUGUUAUUACGUCAUUCAAAUUACAACAUAAUGCAACUAUCUUUGUUCGUAUUCUUCAAUGGCAAAUUAAAAGUCAUGCUACAUUUUCUCUUACUGACAGAGAGAAAAAUUAACCAGCAAGUCUGUAGGUCCACAUGAUAACUAAAUAUGGAUAUAAUAAGGGCAGAGUUUUAAAUAAAGGGACACUUCUUCAAUUCAAAACAUUCGAACAAUUAUUCCGCUAUGCAAAAUAUUAUCCUAAUGGAGCAUGCGCAUUUGCCCAGGGGACGAGAUGCUGGCCAGUAUAUGGCCUUGCAUACCUACCCUGGUUGCAUUCUGUCUGUCGGUGACUAUAGAGUGGUUCACUAUACACACAACAAAUAACUGACCAAAUAAACAUACCGAGUUUUGAAAGGCUUCGCUAGAAUUAUUCAUUUCAUGGCUUUGCCUGCUGCUUCCUACGAGAGGUCAAAGAGAGAUGUUCGGGCAAAUUUGAUUUAUUUUACCACUUAACAUACUUGAGUCGAGUGUACUUAGUUAGGGUGCAACGACUUUUGGCGCGGGGAAGAUUUAAUUCGUAAAUGAAAGUUUAUUUAGAUCUUAUUUAUAGACUCAAAGGGGACAUUUUUCAGUCGUCGAGUUGUCAAGAAAAGCUUUCGAGAAAUUCAAAUCUGUAAAACUAUUUAUGACGCAACAAGAUGGUUGUAUUUGAAUCAACAGUUCAAGCAGCUUGCAGUGUUUGCAUAAUAUGGUGUUCAGCAAAGACUUGCUUCUUCUUUUUUAUGAACAAUAUGCGUUAUUGAGACUAUAACAAGUAUCGUUUAAGCCGGUUGGUAAUGCUGCUGCAACAACUGUUGUUCCCACCAGUCGCUUCAUACAUUAUGCCUGCAAGGGAUGCCUUACGGAAUUCUUCUUUAGAAAUGUACAGGUACAACUGCACCGAAGUCCACGUCCACCAAACUCCUGCUUUACAAUUUUGAGUAAACACUGGCUAUAAAUCCUUUGUGACACACAACCGCAAUCAAUUGAAAUUUAAAUGAUAUCCACGUAAGACAUCGUCAGAAUAUUUGUUUGUUUUGUGUUCCCCUUUUGAUGGGCAAUUUUAUGUAAACAUCCGAAGCAUGCACCCUUCAAUGAAACUGAAAUGGCCGUUAAUAAUCCCAUAACCCACGUGACUAAAAUGACGAUGAAGAGGCGCUGCUUUAUCUUAGAGUCCCUGGGGCCAAAUUAAAAAUGUAUAUAUAUAUUUAUGUAAAAUGCAUAUACACACACGCACAAAUUUUCUUCACUCGUGUCGAGAGCCACCAGAGUAAACGAAGCUAAUGCAGGUUUUAUCAAUUCGUGAUAAAUGAUCAGAUUAGGUUUUUGAUACAGACGUACGUAGUAGUAUCAUCGGGAGCUCGAGAGAGGUUCAUGCGGUCAAUUGGGAGCAGUUUUCACGAUCAUUGAACUAGCUGGAAUUAGGAAAGGCACACUCUGGCGUGGGUGCGUUGAGGGAACACGCUAUACAUAGCGUGCUCAAACUUCCAUGAGUAUCUUAUCAAAUUGGUUUGAUGGGAUGAGGAUGACUUCGGUUAUUCUAGACGUCCUGGAUAUCCGCAUGGUGCUCCUCUGCUCAGCGGUCUUCCUCUUGUUAUCGUGGGUCAUGCGCCGGAGCUCCGUUAGCAACCUCCCUCCUGGACCCUGGGGUUGGCCCCUAGUAGGGAGCUUGCCUUCCCUGGCCUUUGCUACAGGUGAGCCUCACGAAGUGUUCAUGCGAAUGGCCGGCAAGUAUGGGCCCGUGUUUAGUCUCAACAUCUUGGGCCAGAGAAUGGUGGUUAUCCACGGGUACAGUGCAAUACGUGAGGCCUUCAACAACCCAAACCUCAACGAUCGACCGGAGCUACAUAUUCUCAAGAAUCUGUUUAAUGGAGCAAAAGGUAUAGCUACUGCAUCGGGAGAGACAUGGAAAGAACAGAGGAAAUUAUCUCUUAACAUCUUCAAGAACUUUGGUGUUGGUCAAGCACGGUUUGAAGACCAGAUAGCCACGGAAGCCGAUCAUCUCUUGGAGGAGAUGAAACUGAUCAAGGGAGACGCAUUCAACCCUGUGCACCUGUUUGGCAAUGCUGUGUCUAACGUCAUCUCUUCAGUGGUGCUGGGUAAAAGGUACGAAUACGACGACAAGAAAUUCCAGCUUGUCCUCGCCUCGAUGGACCGUAGCAUGGAGCUCAUCGGUGCAGGGGCAGCGAUGCAAUUUCUCCCGGUCGUUAAUAACCUCUGGUUCCUGCCUUCAAUCAGGGAAAUGACGUCAACGAUGAAAUAUGUCAUGGAUUUCGUCAUGGAGGUAGUGGAGGAACAUCAGAAGGAUUGCCACGAAGGAGAAUCUCGCGACUUGAUGGACGUCUACCUCAGAGAGAUGGAAAACAAGAAGACUAAUAAUAUACACACGAACCUCAGCGUGUUGAAUCUCGUCAUACUAGUCUCUGAUCUAUUCGUUGCGGGAACUGAAACCACGGCGAACACACUACGGUGGGGACUGCUUUUCAUGAUGCUACACCCAGAGAUCCAGACUAGAGUUCAAGAUGAACUAGACGCCGUUGUUGGACGGGAGAGACUCCCACAGAUGUCUGACAGGCAAAAUCUCCCUUACACUGAGGCCGUUAUCCUUGAACUCCAAAGACGUGGCAAUAUUGUCCCCCUAGGAUUGCCGCACAAAGCUGCCGAGGAAACCAAGCUCAUGGGUUACACUAUACCAAAGGGAUGCUUGGUUAUUGCUAACCAUUGGGCUCUGAACAUUGACCCAGAAUUAUUCCCUGAUCCUGACCAAUUUAACCCGGAGAGAUUUUUAAGCGACGCGGGGGAAGUGACCAAACCAGAAGAGUUGAUUCCGUUUAGUACAGGACGGCGCAUCUGCUUAGGGGAGCAACUUGCCAAGAUGGAGCUUUUUAUCUUCUUUACUUACCUCUUACACCAGUUCACCUUCACGAAGCCAUCGGAGGAGCCAGAGCUUAGCCUCGGGGGUCAUCUAGGGCUCACACUCGCACCCAUGCCGUUCAAAGUGUGUGCUACACCGCGGUGAUUUUACUGAGAAGUGCAUGCACAAGGUCUGAUGCCUAUAUUGCUCGACCCAAAGAGCAAAGCGUCUUGAACAGAAUGCAUGUACACAAUGUGGAUUGGGGAUGUUCUGUCUUUCCUUAGAAUUUGCAUAUUGAGGCGAUUAUGUGCUCUGUAUCUUCAAAACAAUCAACGAACAAUGUUUCGUGAUAGUCAUUUAAUGUUUGACCAGUCGUACUUUGAAUUGAUUUUCCGUUUCGUUUGACACUCGGCUUUUUCAACAUGAAAGACACAAUGUUUAUGCCAUUACGCUUCGUAAGACUGAGACGUCUGUGGGCCCAAGAUGAUACCUCUGCUUCUACGGCUAUGGAGUUACUCUUUCUUUUUUUACGAUAAUUCCUUACCUCAAACAUUGUCCUGCACAAUUUCUACAUACGUGAGCGAAGAAUGUUUUGCCGAGCUUGUACUUUUUUAAUUCGGUGAAA